AAAGCCACUCAUCUACAGUAUCAUAACAUUAGUUCUCGGUCUUCCUAAAUCAGUGAGGAAACAAAUGUAGUCUGAAAACAUGUACUUCCAUAAAAACUCUCAAGAAAAACUAUAAAUGAACGCCUCAUGUUACUCGUUAUCCUAGUAUACUCUUUAUGUUAUACCAAACUGGGUACACGCCACACACUCUUUUAACAAUGAAAAUCUGCUAAAUAAACAAUAUGGAAAAUAAAGGCUAACCUCUUGGUUGUGGGAUUAUAAAUAAAUGGACAUGUUCUUCUACUCUUAGCAACCUGUAUCUAGUAUCUUGCCCAAGGAUAUUUUGCAUGCAGACUGGAGCAGAUGGGGAUCAAACCAGUUGAGACAGUUGAGCAGACAGAAAGGUAGCAGAAGCCUGACCCUGACCUCCAGCAGGCCCCGGGUACUCGCAUCGUAACCUGGUCCACUCCCUCAGUAGUUUGCCCUGGCACACACAGUCGCCCUCCACCACCUUGACCUUCAGGGACCCACAUCCUACCCUGGUCAGUUCCCCUCCUAGCUUGCCGUCUUACAAUCGCCUUCCACCACCUAACCACCGUAGACCUUGACCUCCAGCAGGACCCAGGUACCCAAACUUAAGCCCCAUUCUACUGACCAAACAAAAUCCUCACACCCCAGAGAACAGGAGUGGCCUGGGUGGGUAAAUCACAGGAAAUGCCACAGUGGCUUGGUUUGUGGCUCAGCUGCAGGGGAGGGGUGGUCCAGUGUGUGAAUGUGUGUGUGAAUGGGUGGAUGACUGGUUGUGUAAAAGCGCUUUGGGGUCCUUAGGGACUAGUAAAGCGCUAUACAAUACAGGCCAUUUACCAUUUUACCAUUUAAAGGGUAGUGCUAGGGAGAGACUGGUUAACCCAGCUGUGGCCAGUUGGUUAAUCGUGCCUCCCUGGUCUUUAAAAACAGGAGUAUGCAGGGAUCAGGAUGAUGACAGUGGAGGACUGAAAGUGACGGCUUGAACAGCCAGCUGAAAAAUAAAACUGGAGUAAUAACAAAAGCCCAUGUGUGGUGUCAGGUGAACCAGCAGAGCCUGCUACAGUCAAUUGUGUCUUCUCCUCCCACCGGGUGUCUGGGAAACUGAUCCAGACCUCUGCAGGAGACGAUGUUAGGUUUGCCCUCACAGAGGAGUGCAAGACGGGAAAAGGCACUCUGCAUCAUCAGCUGAUGGAUGGCACCAAUCAGCUGGUCGCCUCUCUUGACGGUGUCUGGAAGACGGGACCGGGUUACAUUAACCGGGUGGCUCACAGCUCCGAUUCUCUGAUAUUAAAGAGAGCAGAUUUUAACGAUCACGGCUAUUACGAGUUUAACUGCAACUACAAACAGAGGGGGGAGCUGGAAGAGUUGCACGUUUUCCUGCCCUAUAAAGUUGUCGCACCCCGGGAUGAAGGUGCCAUCCUACCGUGUCGCUCCGUUACAGCCGGCCAGGCUGUGAAAUCGGUGCGCUGGAGGAGAGACGGAGAGCUGGUGCUGGAGCUGAAUCCUCCGUCUAAGCAAAUCACCUACGGAGACGGCUAUGAUGAGAGCCGAGUGUCCAUACCAUCAGACUGGUACCAGCGAGGAGACCUGUCCCUCACCGUGAAGCGAGCUCAGCUCCGAGACGACGGAGUGUAUUACUGUAACGUGGAGAAGACAGAGAAACACCGCUCUGCUGUCCACCUGCACAUCUCCACACCAUCACCACCACCACCGGGCAGCACCUCACAGCCUACAACCACACCCACGCCAUCAGAGUGCUCAAGCUGGUCGUGGAGAACAUUCUUUAUAACAGCAGCUGUUUGUGUGAUCGUUGACCUGCUUGUUUGGCUCUGCUGGUUUCUGAGGAACAGGAUAUUCAAUGUGUGCACUCGAAGUUUUGGUGGAGGAUCCUCAGAGCAGGAAGAAGAAAUAAACUUGAAAAGUGUUACCAUCAGCAACAGUGAUGGACAUCUCUGCAACGGCACAGAGGAGGGAGGAGGAGGGGCUGAAGAGGGCAGAGAAUCAGACUGUGAGCAGCACAGCAUGCUGAAGUCAAACGGGAACCCUGACUUUACCCACAACUGAUGAGUGAAAAAACAACAACAGCUCAUCCCUUUAAGUAUCUGAACUCGCCCCCUUUAUGAGGGUACCACUGUGCAACUCCACUUUCUCAGGUUUAGAAAUCCUCCGUUUUCCUUCUGCUGAAUCUGACUGCUGUUACAAUGUUUCAGAUUGUCUCUAUUAUUUUGUCUUCCAAUCAAUCAAGUAAUUCCUGUAAAUCAUCUGCUUACAUAAUCGGCAUAUAAUUUAGCUUCAAGAUGGAUGAAUGAGAUCUCUUCAGUAACAAAGUUUGUAUAUUGUCCUGCCUGUUUGUACAGAUUUACAGUCUUCACUGUGUUUACUUUGCUUUUUGUAAAACGCUCAGGGAAGCUGCUGUGUGCCAAUAAAGUUUUGAGUGGAUAAUAAAGUGACCUGAUGAUGAUUACAGUCAUUCAUGAUUUUAUUCAAUUUGCACAUUAAAUGACUUGAAAUGUUUGAUGGAAUAAACACUGAAAACCUUUGAACAAAGAACAUCAAGAUAUCCUGACAAAACUGUUUCCAGUCAGAAAGGCUGCAGGUAUUUGUGUGAAAUAAAGACAGAGAGGGAAAAAUUCAUACCAAAGACAUUUGAAUCUAUAACAAGUGUGGAGAAAAUAAUGAAAAGAUACAAAACAUCAGUAAUAUACAGCUUGUAA